GGGGUGGAGAGAAGGCUACAUUAGAAGACUCCAUAUGUUGGCAGAUCUGAAAUCAAGGCAUGACUUAACAGCUUAUCUUGUAAGAGAAAAGCCCAACCCAAAGGCAGAUUGCUAGUCGGGACUUUAUUACAAGCAGGACUGCGGUGAUGUGUUUUUAGCAGUGAAGUGAACUCCAGGGUAAGUACAGAAAGUGGCUUCUCUGCUUUCCCUCUGAAGCACAAGCAUAUACACGUUGCAGACUUGUGAACCACAGCCUGGGUUUGCUGUGGAAGCCUGUCCUGCCUGCUUCUGUCAUCUGGCGCUAUGCAUCCGGAUCUUGGACCCUUAUGUACACUGCUGUAUGCUACACUUACAGUUCUGUGCUCUUCUGUGAGUUCAGACCUGGCACCUUAUUUUACUUCUGAGCCACUCUCUACCGUCCAGAAACUUGGUGGACCUGUGGUACUACAUUGUUCUGCUAAACCUGUGACCACUCAUAUCUCAUGGUUGCAUAAUGGAAAAAAAUUGGAUGGAAACGUGGAACAUGUUAAGAUUCAUCAGGGGACUUUGACAAUUCUUUCUCUUAACUCCUCCCUUUUGGGUUACUACCAGUGCCUGGCCAACAAUAGCAUCGGUGCCGUUGUGAGUGGCUCAGCAACAGUAUCUGCGGCAGUUCUUGGUGAUUUUGGUUCAUCCACAAAGCAUGUUAUUACAGCAGAAGAAAAAAGUGCUGGUUUCAUUGGCUGCAGGGUACCAGAGAGUAACCCCAAAGCUGAGGUGCGCUAUAAAAUCCGGGGAAAAUGGCUGAAACAUUCCACAGAGAAUUACUUAAUCCUUCCAUCAGGAAAUCUUCAGAUUUUGAAUGUAUCCUUAGAGGACAAGGGAUCAUACAAAUGUGCAGCUUAUAAUCCUGUCACACAUGAAUUAAAAGUUGAACCUAUUGGCCGAAAGCUCCUUGUGAGUCGUCCUUCUUCAGAUGAUUUUCACAUUCUUCACCCCACCCAUUCACAGGCAUUAGCUGUUCUUUCUCGUAGCCCCGUAACCUUGGAGUGUGUGGUGAGUGGGGUCCCGGCUCCUCAAGUGUAUUGGCUAAAGGACGGGCAGGACAUUGCACCAGGAACCAACUGGAGAAGGCUGUAUUCUCAUCUUGCCACAGAUAGCAUUGACCCAGAGGACUCCGGAAACUAUUCCUGCAUGGUGGAAAACAAGUCCGGAGAUGUAAAAUAUGUGACUUACAUGGUUAAUGUACUUGAACAUGCUUCUAUUUCUAGAGGACUGCAGGAUCAGAUAGUGUCUCUGGGUGCCACAGUCCACUUUGCCUGUGAUAUUCAUGGGAACCCAGCCCCCAACUGUACCUGGUUUCACAAUGCACAGCCUAUUCAUCCUUCCACACGGCAUCUAACUGCAGGAAAUGGACUGCGAAUCAGUGGGGUUACCGUGGAAGAUGCUGGGAUGUAUCAGUGUGUAGCAGAUAAUGGGAUUGGAUUUAUGCAGUCUACUGGAAGACUUGAAAUUGAAAAUGACGGUGGAUUCAAGCCAGUUAUAAUUACAGUGCCAGCAAGCACAAAGGUGGUAGACGGAGACUUUGUUACUCUGUCCUGCAAUGCCACCGGGCUGCCGGUUCCGGUCAUUCGUUGGUAUGACAGCCAUGGAUUGAUAACCAGCCAUCCAUCUCAAGUCCUGAAAUCUAAAUCCCGAAAAUCACAGCCAUCAAGACCUGAGGGCUUGGACCUGGAGCCUGUCUACUUUGUCAUGUCCCAAGCUGGCGCAAGCUCUCUCCAUAUUCAGGCUGUGACUCAGGAACGUGCGGGGAAAUACAUCUGCGAAGCUACAAAUGAACAUGGUACCACACAGGCAGAAGCGUCUCUCAUGGUUGUUCCUUUUGAAACAAAUACAAAAGCAGAGACAGUCAUGUUUCCUGAUGCUGCUCAGAAUGAUGAAAGAAGAAAGAGAGAUGGUUCAGAAACUGGAUUACUGAGCUCAUUUCCAGUAAAGGUCCAUCCCAGUGCAGUGGAAUCAGCACCGGAGAAAAAUGCCGGUGACGUCUCUGUCCCUGAUGCCCCCAUCAUAUUGAGCCCCCCACAGACCCACACACCAGACACGUACAACCUGGUGUGGAGGCCAGGCAAGGAUGGUGGGCUGCCCAUCAAUGCCUACUUUGUAAAGUAUCGAAAGCUGGAUGAUGGGGUUGGCAUGGUGGGGACCUGGCACACGGUUCGAGUCCCAGGAAGUGAAAAUGAGCUCCAUUUGGCUGAGUUGGAGCCGUCUAGUCUUUAUGAAGUCUUGAUGGUAGCAAGAAGUGCAGCAGGUGAAGGCCAACCUGCCAUGCUUACCUUCCGAACCAGCAAAGAAAAAACAGCAUCAUCCAAAAACACCCAGGCAUCCUCUCCACCUGUGGGCGUCCCUAAGUAUCCUGUUGUUUCAGAGGCUGCAAACAAUAAUUUUGGAGUAGUACUUACAGAUUCCUCUAGGCACAGUGGAGUUCCAGAAGCACCUGAUCGGCCUACCGUCUCCACUGCAUCAGAGACGUCAGUCUAUGUCACUUGGAUUCCUCGGGCAAAUGGCGGCUCUCCAAUCACUGCCUUCAAGGUCGAAUAUAAACGGAUGAGGACCAGCGAUUGGCUGGUAGCAGCUGAAGACAUCCCUCCUUCCAAACUUUCAGUGGAAGUUCGUAGUUUAGAACCAGGUUCAACAUACAAAUUUAGGGUCAUUGCCAUCAACCAUUAUGGUGAGAGUUUUCGGAGUUCAGCAUCUCGUCCCUAUCAGGUGGCUGGGUUCCCCAAUCGCUUUUCCAACCGUCCAAUAACUGGACCUCACAUUGCAUACACAGAGGCUGUCAGCGAUACUCAGAUCAUGCUAAAGUGGACGUACAUUCCAUCAAGUAACAAUAACACUCCCAUUCAAGGAUUUUAUAUCUAUUACCGACCAACAGAUAGCGACAAUGACAGUGAUUACAAGAGGGAUGUUGUAGAAGGUUCAAAGCAGUGGCACAUGAUUGGCCACCUGCAGCCAGAAACCUCCUAUGACAUUAAAAUGCAAUGCUUCAAUGAAGGAGGAGAAAGCGAAUUUAGCAAUGUGAUGAUCUGUGAGACUAAAGUGAAACGUGUUCCUGGAGCUUCUGAAUAUCCUGUCAAAGACUUGAGUACCCCUCCAAAUUCUUUGGGAAGUGGAGGCAAUGUGGGGCCUGCAACCAGCCCUGCCAGAAGCAGUGACAUGUUAUAUCUGAUCGUUGGUUGUGUGCUGGGCGUCAUGGUCCUCAUUCUUAUGGUUUUCAUUGCCAUGUGCCUAUGGAAGAAUCGCCAGCAGAAUACCAUACAGAAAUAUGACCCACCAGGAUAUCUCUACCAAGGAUCAGAUAUUAAUGGACAGAUGGUAGAAUAUACCACUCUCUCAGGAGCAAGUCGGAUAAAUGGAAAUGUUCACGGAUGCUUUCUAACCAAUGGCGGUCUCAGCAGUGGCUAUUCCCACCUUCACCAUAAGGUCCCCAAUGGAGUCAAUGGAAUUGUAAAUGGCAGCUUAAAUGGAGGGCUUUACUCUGGGCACACCAACACUCUAACCAGGACACACAGGGAUUUUGAACAUCCUCAUCAUCUAGUGAAUGGUGGUGGAAUGUACACAGCCGUGCCUCAGAUUGACCCUCUGGAGUGUGUUAACUGCCGAAAUUGUCGAAACAACAAUAGGUGUUUCACCAAAACCAACAGCACUUUCAGCAACAGCCCUCUUCCUGUGGUCCCUGUGGUAGCACCUUAUCCUCAGGGUGGCUUGGAAAUGAAGCCCCUCAGUCACAUGAAGAUGCCUGUAUGCCUGGCCUCCACAGUCCCUGAUUGUGUCCAGUUGCCUGAGGAGGGCGUCAAGGACAACGUAGAACCAGUCCCUACUCAGCAUACUUGCUGUCAGGACAAUGUAAAUGACGUCAGCUCUGAUCGCGCAGAAGAUCCAGCAGAGUUCAGCAGAGGUCAGGGAGGCAUGAUCAGCCUUAGGUUUCCAGAUUGUCUUCAGUUAGCUAAGAGCUAUGUAUGGGAAGGAGACAGCUGUGCCCAUUCAGAAACAGAGAACAACAUUGUAAGUUGGAACCGUCUUAUUUUGCCACCUGUCUCAGAGGACUGUGCUGAAAAGACAACAUGGUCUCCGCCUGGCAUUCCUUUAGACAGCCCGACGGAGGUCCUUCAGCAGCCCCAGGAAACCUGAGGAUGUGCAAACAACCAGCCAUGUUCCGACUUCAAGCCAGUAACUGCGCAAAACAGGCCUGGGAGGGAACUGAGUGAAGGACCUUAAUUCAAAUCAGAGAAAAUCAUUAUUUAUUUUUUUGUAGUAGUAAUGUCAUAUGAAUGUAUCUUAAAAUGUGUGCCCUUUUAUAUUAUUUAUGCCUAAAUGUUUUCUUCCCUAUUCCUUCCUCUCCCUCAGUAGGAAACAACCUUGUUUUGCAUAGUAUUCAGUCACCUGGAGGGCAGAGGGGUCCUUCCCUGUUUUAUAACUGCUAUAGUGCAGCAAGAGCUCCUCAUGCAAAAGAUCCCAUCUCUUGGCUGCUUCAGCUAGGAGGGAAUGCAGGGGCCAAUUGGAGGUUGCCACCAGCCAGGUUUUCAGGUGGAAAAUGAUCUUUCAAUAGUGUACUCUCAGACCUUUUUUUUUUUUUUUUUUUGAGAUAGACUCUUGCUCUUGCUCUGUCACCCAUGCUA